AUGUCAUCGAAGACAAUCCUCAACGACGGCGUAGCCCUCGUGACUGGGGCAGCAAGCGGCAUUGGCAGGGAAACCGCCUUUGCGUUUGCCGAAGCCGGCGUUCGAGGCCUUGUUUUUGCCGACAUUAACGACCAAGGCGCCCGUGAAGCUGCCGAGGAAAGCAAGCAAUAUGCCAAGAACGGCCAGUACCGAGCUGUGGCCGUCAAGGUCGAUGUGAGCGACGAGGCCAGCGUACAGUCUAUGGUUGACGCCACGGUGAAAGAGUUCGGCCGUAUCGACUACAGCAUCAAUAGCGCAGGCAUUGGCAAUGUUAAUCCUGCCCUCACGCCAGACGCCGACCUUGAAGUAUUCUCUCGAACCCUUGAGACCAACAUCAAGGGCACAAUGUUCUGUGUCCGGGCUGUCACAAGGGCCAUGAAAGAGCAGGAGCCGCUGAUGCACACGAGCCGCCACGGCACCCGUAGCCUGGGGAGGGGUUCCAUCAUCAAUGUUGGCUCGGUCAAUUCUUACGUUGCAGCACCCGGCAUGGUCUCCUACACGACAUCCAAGCACGCCCUUAUCGGUCUGACAAAGUCGGCAGCAAUUGACUGCCUGAAAUACCACAUCCGCAUAAACGCCGUCUGCCCUUCGUGGGUCGACACCCCCAUGAUGCAGGCCAGUCUCAAGCGGGUACCGCAGCUCGCACAGAUCAUCAAAGCCGUGUCGCCGCUCAAACGGGCCGCCACGGUCGAGGAGGUUGCCGACUAUAUCGUGUUCUUGUGCAGCCCCUCGGCGAGUUACAUCAACGGCACCGGCUUGAUAAUGGAUGCCGGUGCCACGCUGACUGCUCAUGUCGCAUGA